UGCUCGGCUUCUAGUCAGGAUGGUGUCGUUGCAGAAUUUCUCCAUGUCUCCCGCGCCUGGGGAGAUCAGUGUCUUCGAGGAGCGCGGCCGAAUAUGCUCAUUGCCUAUUACAGAAGUGGACAUCGGACAGAAUCUGCCCGGCGGAGUGAUGGCAAAGUAUCCAGAGAUCAAUAUCGUCCGGGAGUUGUUUCACACGCCCUCAUCGAAUCUUUUGCAUCGCGACAGUGGGAGGAAUCUCAUGAUGCCGGUGCAGGAGAGCUUGCUGAAACACAUCACCAGGACGUUUUUCGAGGAGGGCUUAUCGUCUGCUCUGGAAGAGGCCACGAUGUCCUCGAACAGCCUGGUGAAGAUCGGGGCAAAGUAUUGCCUGUAUCUUGUAAAUGCGGGUAACAACAUGAGAUACUUCCUGAGGCCACAUCUGCGAGAUCGCACUCUGGCCAGCGUGGGGAAAUUCUCGGAAACGAAGAAUUGGCCCAGAAGUCCCAUUCGAUGCAUCCGAUGGCAUCCUCAUUGCUUCAAGCUGGCCGUGGCGGCAUCAGAUGACAGCAUCAGGGUGUUCACCGACGAGCCAUCAAUAGUGCCUGUGCUCAAAACUGGUCUCCAGAAGGGAGUCACUUCGAUGGCCUGGCGUCCCUUCACGGCCGGAGUUUUGGCCGUUGGCUGCCAGAAUGGCGUGCUUCUAUGGUCUCUGGAGCCAAAUUCCCACAUCACUAGGCCCCUCUCGCAAGCGACGCACCUCAAGAGUCCCAAUCACACUCCCGUGACUUCGGUGGAUUGGAGCCCCAAUGGAUGUAAUCUCAUAACGGCCAGCAUUAACGACUCCAAUAUAGUCGUCUGGGACGUGGACAUGAAUAGGAGUGUGCAACUGAAGCGCAUUGGGGCGCCAUGCACCCAAAUAAAGUGGUCUCCGGACGGCUGCAGACUCUUCUCGGCCACAAUGGGUAGCCUUUUUCGAGUGUGGGACACUGGCAAGUGGACUUCAGAGCAGUGGACGGUGGGCGUAGGUACCAUUCAAUCCCAAGCGUGGUCCCCGUGUGGCACGCAGUUGGUCUUUAUCAUCACAGAAGUGCCCUGCCUUUAUGCCAUUCACUUCGUUGAGGAGCAAGUCUUCAACAACACUUCACUGCCAAAGCAGGCGCUUCCCGUGGCAGAUCUGACCAGGACGAAUGUGGACGGCGUUGACGUUGGUGGAAGACCACAGCAAGUUGCGUGGUGUCCGUAUGGUGAACACUUGGCGGUGUCCUUCAGUGACACUUCCGUCAUUGCCAUCUUCAGCACGAGCAUCGCCAAGCAUAACUUUAACAUUUCUCCGUCGUGCUUCCUCAACGGACUGCCUGGUGAGUAUCCCACGUAUAUUUGCUUCCAGCCGCGCUCCAGGCGCGUCGAGAGAGUCAAAACUGUCCUCACAAUCGGUUGGUCUAGCGGAAGAAUCCAAUAUUUUCCUUUUCUCUAAGCAACUACCCUGAAUAAAGUAUGUGCUAUAUCGAUCACGCGGUUUUUCACACUUUUCACCCCUCGAGAAAGUGGGUUUGAUCAACUAAUGCGACAAUAUUGUCGAGAGUUGAGAACCUUUUCACAUCCCUCCCUUCUGGGCCAUUAUGAUGCAAAUUGAAUUCAUUGUAAUACUGUGUUGAAUUAAUGCUUAGUAUUCUGCCAUCGCACCUGUUCGUGGAUGCAAUUCGACUAAAAAGUACACUUUGGCCAAAAAUCCAUCCACUACUGAACCAUGAUAAUGAAUUGAUUGGUUUUGAGUUUAAUUUUUCGAUACAAAUCAUUGUGAAGAAAAGAAAUUUGAAUAAUAAAU